AUGCCCGGAGAUUUCUUUUCUGCGCACCUGCGUCCAAAAUGUGUCGCAAAACGAAGCUUUCAUAUUAAAACCUCUUUUGGUUCGAGCAUUGCUGAGCGAAACAUGGACCACGCAGACAUGCAAAGCAGCGUGUCUCCUCAGCCAGCGCCGGCGCAUCACGACACCGACUCCCCGGAGGAGAGCCCGGCGAACAAAGGCAGCCCGGCGACCCCGCAGGAGCAGCAGCAGUCCCCCGCAGACGACGAACAGGCAGAGGGAGCCGCGGAGGGAGCAGAAGACGCCCCUCAAGAAAUGACUCUGGACAUCACCAGCUUCCGGAAGCCCGGGGAGAAGACGUUCACGCAGCGGUCGAGACUCUUCGUGGGGAACCUCCCGGUGGACAUCCCGGAGGAAGAGUUCAGGAAGAUGUUCGCCAAGUAUGGCAACACGAACGACGUUUUUAUCAACAGAGAGCGGGGCUUCGGCUUCGUUUGCCUGGAAACCAGGACUCUUGCGGAAAUUGCGAAAGCCGAGCUGGACGGGACCGUCCUGAAGAAUCGACCAAUCAGGAUCCGCUUCGCCACGCACAACUCUGCUCUCACGGUGCGCAACUUGCUCCCCGUGGUGACGAACGAGCUGCUGGAACAGGCCUUUUCUGAGUUUGGACCGGUGGAACGGGCGAUCGUAGUGACGGAUGACCGGGGUCGUCCCACUGGGAGAGGGAUCGUGGAGUUUGCGAACAAGCAGUCUGCGCGGAAAGCCCUGGAGCGCUGCACAGAGGGCGCUCUGCUACUGACCACCACACCUUGUCCAGCCAUCGUGGAGCCCGCGGAGCACUUGGAUGAGGAGGACGGACUGCCUGAAAAAGUGAUGCAGAAGAAUCCAAAGUACCACAAGGAACGAGAGCAGCCGCCGCAUUUCGCUCAGCCGGGGACGUUUGAGUUUGAGUACUCGUCCCGUUGGAAGGCGCUCCACGAGAUGGACAAGCAGCAGCGGGAGGUGGUGGACAGGAACAUCCGGGAGGCCAAAGAGAAGCUGGAGGCGGAGCUGGAGUCGGCCAAACAUGAACACCAGCUCAUGUUAAUGAGACACGAUCUAAUGAGACGUCAGGAGGAGCUGAGGAGACUGGAGGAGCUUCGCAAUCAGGAGCUACAGAGACGAAAGCAGAUAGAGAUGAGGCAUGAAGAGGAGAGGAGGCGCAGAGAGGAGGAGAUGAUGAGGCACAGAGAGCAGGAGGACCUCAGACGCCACCCUGAAGGCUUCAAGCCAAACUACAUGGAAAACAGAGAACAGGAAAUGAGAGGGGGUGAGCUGGGCCCUCGUGGAGCCAUUAAUAUGGGAGAUGGCUUUAACCAGGGCUCUCCGGGGCCCGCUGCUAACCCGGGUCAAAUGAUGGGCGUGAGUGGAAGGGGAGGAGCCGUUGGCCCCGAUGGGAACGCGAACAUGGGGUCACCGAUGAUGUCCGAGAAUGGAGCCAUGCGAAACGAUAGAUACCCACAAGGCGGAUCAAGCGAGGGCCGACAGGUUGAGUCCCCAAAGCAGCAGCAUCAGCAGCAGCAGCAUCAGCAGCAGCAGCAGCAGCAGCAGCAGCAGCAGCAGCAGCAGCAGCAGCAGUCGCCGUUGGGCCCUCAAGUUGGACAGGCUCCAGGAUUUGGCAGGGGAAGUCCAGUAGGGGGCGUCUUUGACGGGCCAAAUAACAAGCGCCGCAGGUUCUAACUUCUCAAAGAUGCGGUUCUCGUGGAUCUGUUACUGACCUUAUCUCCCGUCCUGGGACUUCGCUGGACUAUGUUUUUAUGCAUUCUUAAAAAAAAAUGGGACAAGAAUGCAAGCUGUGACUUAGUGGAGAUAACUCGUCCCCCCCAGUGUCUAAACACAUCUUCAGUGUUUCUACACAAAACCUUUUUACUGUUUGUUUAUUUUCUUUAUUUGAUCGAUGUUUCUUCUGGUGUGGGGUCGAUGUCCUUGGAUACACUAUAAAGCUGCUCUAGGGGAGAGGUACAGUAUGGACAAACAAAAAAGGACAUUGACAAACUGUCAAAACCAAAUACACAAACCCCCACACUCAAAAACUUGGGACUAAAUCAUGUCUACAUGUCUUAACUCAAGAUGUCCUCCCUUUUUUAAAAUACUGUGACUUUUGGAGAAUAACAUGUUUGAUCAAACAGUGAGUGAAUGUUUUUUAAAGCUUGAGUGCAUUGUGUAUUUGAUGGUUAGGAAGAAUAAAACCUUUAUAGAAAGA